GCAGCGUUUGUGUACUGUUUUUCCUUGUGGAAGGUCAACCGCCAGCACUGCCAGCCAUCCGGCCGUGUGUGGGCUGUUACCAAGCUCAUUUUGUAACGAGCACGUUGGGGCUAGAGGAAAGUACGUAGUUUGUAUGACGUUUGUUAACACGGUAUGGAGACCUCAAGAUAACGUAUGGAAAGGUAAUGAAAUGUGGCCUAUAACAACCUGUGGAAUUAAUCCUAGCAGCAACGUGACUGUUUGCAUGAGCACUUCAGCAGUGAAUAAGUAAACGAGCUUCUGUUAUUCCUUCUCUGUUAUCUCUCAUUACACAUUCCAUUGCUUGACAACCAGGAGCUACUCAAGUCACAGAGUGUUCAAGAUGCUGAACAGAAGAACCAGUUUGCUUCAUACUUUCAUCUGUGUAACUGCGACAGCACUUCUUGUUGCUGGAUGCAGCAGUUACAUUUAUGCACAAGAUGCAUCAAGAAAGGCAGAAACCCAGCCAACGUCUCAGUCUGAAGUAUCUUCAGCAGACAUGUCUGCAAAUAGUUCUGUGUCUGUACUCCAAAAUGGAACACAUACAGGAACAGAUGAACCCAAAAAUGAAACACAAACAGGAACAGAUGCAUCACAGGCAGCAACAAGUGGAACAGAGGCAGCAACAAGUGGAACAGAGGCAGCAACAAAUGGAACACAGGCAGGGACAAAUGGUACAAAGGCAGCAACAAGUGGAACACAAACAGCAACAAGUGGAACACAAGCCAGUACCAAUGGAACACAGACCGGUAAAAAUGGAACGCAGGCCAGUACCAAUGAAACACAGACCGGUACAAAUGGAACACAGGCCAGUACAAAUGGAACCCAGGCAACAACAAAUGGAACACAAACUGAAACAAAUUCAACUGAGUCUGAUAAAACAAAUCAAACAGCAGGGGGAGGAGCACAUGAACCGCAACCACCAUCAUCAUCAGAGCCUCCACCUUUGUUGUCCAUCUUCUUUGUUAAUGAUCUUCAGUAUGACAUUUUCCCUAUACAUCCAGAGAAUGGAAGCUUCUGCACUACAGAUCAAGAAGGUCAGAACUGUGUGGGAGGGCUGCCUUCUCUGAAGUCGUACAUGAAUGAUGCCUGCAUCAAUAAUACACGGUGUUUAUGGCUGAAUGCUGGAAAUACAUUAGGAGGAGAUUUUUUUAGAACACUGAAAUUUGAGACAGCUCUGCACGCAAUGCAGCUGUUGAACUUCAGUGCCACGGCAGUGGGGCCAAAUGUACUGAAGUAUGGAGGUGAAGCUGGUCGAAGCUAUAUCGAUGCUCUUAACGAAACUGUUGUGGUAUCUAAUAUUGAACCAUCACCACCGCACAAGUCAAUAACAUUCCCUGUGGGAAGCUGCAAUGUCUCUGUUAUUGGCUAUCUUGAGAACUCAGAAUUGGAUGCAGACAUACAUGGGGUGUCUGUAAAGAAUUACACACAGAGCAUAAUCGGAGAAAUUGAGAGAAUUCACAAAGAACAGAAUGCCUCGAACCUCAUAACUGUUGUUAUAGGGAGCUCCAGCAUCAAUAAAUCGAGGGCUCUCGCCAGCAUUGAUGGAGUCGACUUUGUAUUCUUCAGCGGUGCAAAUUUGUCUGAAGGGGCAGAACCAAACAACAAAGACAAGCAGAAUAACUCACAAUAUGUCUUUUGGGAGACUGUGGAUAAGAAAUCGGCCAAUAAGACAGCUACAGCUUAUGUAGCAAGUCUGAGAGUCAACCACAGUAGCAGUGUGGCAGGACGCUUCAUUAUCGGACAAAUGCAGCUCCCCAUAGCAAACAGCUGCAGGGUUGCCAAUGCAAGUUUUAAAGCAUUUGACUAUGUGAACAGCACAGCUGAUAAACGUGCUUUGGAUCUUAUCAAGCUUGAACUCAGGAUACUUCAAAAGCAGAAUGAGUCUCUUACAAAGAACAACAAGAACUUGACAGCAGAGAGAGACCUGUGCUGUCAUUCAGAAUGUUCGCUUGGGAAUCUCAUCACAGAUGCCAUGGUGGCAGCCCUGCAAGGUGAUGGUACUUGGAGUAAGAAUGGUACAAGAAUAGGAAUGUACCCUGCAAAGUAUCUUAAACCAAACAGCACCAUACCUGAAGGCAACCUGACAGAACUGGAUAUUUAUGGACUUAUUGAAAACGAUGCAUACAUCUACAGUGUUCUACUGACAGGACAGCAACUAAAAGACACACUUGAGAUCUCCAUUAACAGCAUUAAUAAUUCAAAUUCAACUGACUUCCUGCAUGUAUCUGGCUUUUUACAGAUAGAGUACAGACAGGAACCCAAGAACAGCUCAAAGAUAGCUGCAAUAAAAACAGUUUCAGCUGCCUCAGCAUCCAUGCUUUUGAGUAAGAUAAAUGUGAGCGAUGCUACAGCAUUUUACAACGUGUCAGUACCACUCACGCUUUUGAAAAUGGACAGCUACAAGAAAUUAGUGGGUGCAUUAAAUGCCUCAUUUCACUUGGUGACAACUGUUGAGGCUGUGACAAGUUACAUAAACAGUACAGUCAUCCUGCCCCUUCCUGCAGUCGGUGGUCGUUUAGUACUGUUGGAGUCAAGUCCAGUGCUACCACCUCUCGUUCCCUGUAAAGACCACACAGCAACCAUUGUUAUAGUGACGCUGAUAGUUGCAGCAUUAGUAGUAGGCCUUGUUUAUGGCAUAUGGAGAUGGCGUUCCAUCAGGUCCCAUCUAUUACCUGGCUACAUUAACUUUUAAUUGGGUGAGAGGAAGUUAAAGAACGCUGCUGCUUGGCCCAGCUGGUCUCGGAUUGGCUACACAGAAGAGCGGGAAAACAUUUAUCAGUGACAGUACAUUCAUUCAGAGAAGUGUGGUGUAAUAAUGUGAUUUUAUUACUAUAACUCUUAUCUCUGGUUUUUAUGUUGCAAUGUGAAUCUGAAAGUAGAGAUUUUUCUGUGAGGCAGAAUAAAUUCGCAUUAGCGUAACUCGGAUAUUGUCAUCGGCAUCAUCUGCUUUCCCAGAAAUGGAUGAAUCAUUACCAUUUCUGGACAUGUAACUUUAAUUUCAGCAGCCAUUUUGUCAUCAUUAUAUGAUAUCUGAUUUUAACAGUUCUCAAACUGAAGUUAAAUUCUUUACGAUUCAAAUGGCAUGGCAGUAUUCUUACAAUUUUACAGCUGUAUAAUUUGAAUGCUGUUCUUCAUCCUCCUCUAUAUAUCGGCCUGUCUGGCCUGUUCCACUUUUGAAAUAUGAAGUCCGUCUAAUGCAUGGAUAGUGGACAUCAGUACUCUUCAUUUAUGUGGUAUCUUUGAACACUUCAGAAUUUCUACUUUUCUCAUUUGUGGAGUUGGAGGUUCAGUAAUUUGAGUAGUUGGUAUGGAACAUUAUACCUAAUAGGCUGCUUGAUGGGGUACUGGCUUUGACAGUGUUUUGUUUGAUUUGGUUGUGGUAAUCUCUGCUGGGUCCUUGAUUUAAAACUCAGGUAUCCUUUGAAUAUAAACUCCUCUGCAAAAUUAGCACGUUGUUAUCCAGUGUUUUUAAACACUUUUUCAUCGUUUGAUCUAGCUGACACUUGCCAACCCUGUAGAAAUACAAUAAGGCCAUGUCUCACCCAGGUAUAUAUAUAUAUAUAUAGUUUUCUGUUUUCAUGUAAGUUGUAACUUUCCAUUUGCUGUCUCAGAUGUAUUUCUCUUCAGGAUAACAUUUUAUUUUCUUUUUUAAAGUGGAAACUGGUUUGUUUAUUACUACUGUUAUCAAAUUGCUUUUCCUUUAAAGAAUUAAUUUCUUUCUCAAGGCUGCCAAUACAUUUCAUAAAAUUGGAACAUCUCUUUUCUGUUGUAUAAAGAUCUUGAAUUUCUUCUCUUACUUUCCAGUAGUUACUGUGGCACUUCUGUUUCAUUAUGAUUGUUGCUUACAAAAAUGUCUGUUGAUUUUUGUUAUUGCGAAUCUUUAAAGGGUUUGUUAAUGGUGGUAUAGACUUCACUCUGAGCAGUACGUCUAGUUUCAUUUUGUUGCUUUGAAGAUGUUCAAAAAGUAAUGUAGCUGAGAUAAUUUCAUAACCAUAUUAAUAUGGACAAUUUCUGAAGAUGGCAAGAAACUUUUCACUCUGCACGUGGUGACAAAAAUAUUGCAGUGAUACACUGAAUUUAUGCAAUAGCUUAUGUAACCUGUUCAUGUCUCUGUUAUGGAAACGUUACUUUAACAUUCUUCCCACAUUUCAAGUUAAUGCGAUUGAGUAAGAUACUUAUAUUUAUAGUUACUGGAAAUGUUUGAUGAUGUCUGUCGCUGUAUAGUGGUUACAUCAUGUUACCUUAGACAAGAUGAUCAAGAAAAGUUUAAAUGAUGAAUAUGGUCUCUUUAUGUCAUACUGUUGAUUGGAAACGAGUGAAUGUGUUAGUGUAAGGAGAGAAGGACUGUUUCUGUGAUGACAUAAAAGACUGUAGAACUGAAUUAUUUAAUUGGUACCCCAGAAAUUAGUGAGAGAGCAGUUAGAAAAACAUUAGAGACUGUAGAAAUGUGACUGUUGUUUUUACCAAGGUCGUCUCAAUGGGAGGUAUGGGAUCCAUGUCAGAUAAGGCCCACAGGAUCCCCUUAGUGUUUUUGUAUGCUGUACGUAUUUGCUUACAGUUACUGUUGAUCUGUCAGAUCUUGUGCUACCACUAUGUGGCAAGACCAUAUAGCUUUUUAAUGUGGUAUUUUUUUUAAAUUAAAAUUAGAAGAAAAAGCUCAGAUUUAAGUAAUGCGUUACAGUUGGAUUAAAUUUUCAUUUGUAGCACAAAUUCUGCAGAUAGUUGCCAUAAUUAUUACUUGAGUGUUUAUGGUAAUUAAAAUUAAACAUAUAUGAUUAAAACUAAAAUAAAAUUACAUGGGUUAUAUCUUUAUUUUGUAAUGGCUGCAUUUCAUAAUAUAUAUACGGACAUGUGGACAGAACUGAAAAUUUGAAGUUUUAAGAAUAUACAGAAAUGUUAAUUUAAACAGUAUCAGCCAUUUAAUGUUAAAAGUUGAAGUUUUGAGAGAAUCUAUCAGGAAUUUGUAAUAAAAAGUUUUCCCAGAAGUUUUGUUAAAGAAAGGAGUAACUUAGUUGUGUUGUAACUCGUCAGAUUGGUUGCAACUUGCCACAAUACUUGUAACUAACCCAGCUAGCGAAGUAGACCACACUCUUUUGUGGUAACAAUAUUUGUCUGGUUCACAAUCAUGUAAUAUGGCUGCUGUUAUUGGAAAACUUAUUCAUUGCUUACCAAAACCAUAUGUAUAUAAGAACCAUCAACUUUUUCUGUUACUGUCCAAUUAAAGCAUGGGGCCAAAUUCAACAUAACCUUUGGACCCCACCGACUAACACUUUUCAAGAUGUUCACAUUUUCUUCUUAUCUGAACAUGUUAUGUUUAAUCGUGGGAGAUUUGAUGUUCUCAUGUCAGUGACUGAAGAUUAAUAGUUCUGGGAUGUGAUGCCAUGAAGUCUGGUAUAGAGGUUAUAAUUGUUUUGGAGGAACUUGUUGCCUCCAUUUUCAUGGCAGAAAGGUAUGCUGUGCAGGUGAAAUAGGCAAAUGGAGUGUCACAUUAUGUCCAUUGGUAUGCUUUGUCUAUAAGCACAGCCCAUUACAGGAUACUGUUUAUUUUACUAAACUACAUGACAUAACAUCCAAGAAGAUCAUAAUAUUUAUGUUUAACAAUAUUGCCAGUUGCUUAAGAAGACUCGUAAGGCAUCGGGUGGUAUUAGUUUCACAGAAGCAACUAGAUGCUUGAAAUAAACUAAGAAUGUUACAUAACACUGCAUGUGCACUUUUCCCUCUACAGUGUAAUCAGAUGACUUUAUAUUGAAGAGAAGAUUAAUUUGUUGAUAUUCUUUAUGUUUGUUGUGUGUUGAACUGUAUGUUUAUACAUUUAAUCCUUUCAGUGUAGUGAAGAAAAAUCAGCGUAUUGGCUGGUGUUAUCCACUGUCAAUUCUAGAUAUCAGUGCAGUGUUUGAUUUAUAUGUGAGACCUUGAAAACUCAAUUUAUAUCUGAGAUUUUUGCUCUGGAAUUUCUUAAAACAUAUUAAUUGAUAUUACAGGGCUUUUGUGUGUUUGAUAGAAAAAUUCUGUCCGAAAAACUGUGCUUUUCCGUCCAUAACAUUGAAAGGGUUUAUAAAUUUUCAGGUCAUAUGUGAUAUGGCCCCAAGCUUACCAAAAUAAAAAUAAAACUAAUUGAAAGUUAUUAUAUGUGUGCAGUAUUGAAAAAUUGUCAAAGAGUUGGUUUCAUGAGGAUGUUGCAGGGUGCUGCGAAAUUAAGGGGUCCCACUUUGGGGUCCUAAAGGUAUACCACAAUAAUAGAACUGUGGAUUUAUGAUUAAAAGUCGCAGAAUAUUCAUACAUGUUCAUGGGGGUGAAAAUUCAGUGAUAUUCUGUUAGAGUUAAAACUAGUUAUUGGUAUAAACUGUAAGUGUAUUGUGGAGGAGCCCCUCCUCCUCCAAGUAAUCAUGUUAGACCUAUAAGUCUGCAUACAGAGUGUUCACAAAUAUAAGCACUGAAUGUGUAGGUACCCCUGAUCUGUGUGAUAGUUGCGUUUUCCCAUAACUCGAAGAUACAGACUCGGAAACUUUUGUUACCCCUUUAGUUUGUCUGAAUUUAAUUUGAACUAGGAAAUACACAAUUUGACUCGCCCUAAUAAUAAUCAUUCUGACAGUUUACAAACCUCUUUUUGAGACAUGAUUUUAUCAUCAAUUAAAAAUAAUUAAACUAAAUUUAUGUAAAAUCAUGUAAACUGAAAUCUCUUAGAUUGGGAGGUACCUAUGCAGUGCAUUGUUUCUGAAAGAUUUGUAUGCAUUAUUUUCAGUAUAUAUGUAUAUAUAUGCAAAUGAUUUAUCCAAUUAGAGUACAUAUAGCUUUAUUUUGUUCACAGAUUCAUGCACUGUGUUACGUGUUUUUGAAAUGCUAAUUAUCUCGUGCCUUAACAUUUUAUACUGUUGUUGCUUGAAAGGAAAAUGAAAAAAGGAAGAGUUAGAGACAAAGUCUCUUGAAUCUCAUUCUCCAGUGAAGUUAUUACGUGAGAUAUUGUUUAACCUGGAACCUAAUGUUAUAUGCUGUUAAAUGUAUGUGUUGCAUAUUAGGUGAUGCUCACAUCCCCAUAUCAAGUAAACAUACCUGUGGGAAUAGCUGGCCCCCAGGUAUUUCAAAAUGUACUGUAUUUCGUAAAUUGCAUGUCUAUUAAUGAAGUGAUCAUCAUCAGAGAUCUGAGCUUUUGUGUUUAUAAAUUGAUAUCUAACAAAGGUUAUAGUUAUCAGUACCCAUUUGGUCCCUAUAGAAGACUGUUAUGUUUCAUGUAAGUUUCUGUGGUUUAAGGCUCUUGAAUACUAGAUGUUUCUCCACCGCCUGCCAAAAAGAAGAAGGGUAAAUAGGCAUGACCAUUACUGGCCACAUGUUAUGCUGUUAUAGUCGUGCAUUCUAGCAGGCCUAAUGUCACAUUUUUUCUCUGCAGAUGUCAUUACCUUCGAGUUAAAAUUUACCCCCAAGCACCCUUAAUAACCGGUGAUUUAAGACAAAUAUUUCCACACAGUAAAGAUUAAAUAAUUCAUUUCUUACUCUAAAUUAUGUUGUCUGUAUUCAUUUGUAAGGGGGGCCAGAGCAGUAUUUUGAGUCUGAGUAAGAAAUGAACCUUUAAAAUUAAAAUAAAAAAGUUUUGUAUUUCUUUAAAUCUCAGUUAGUCUGUCAUUUUUAGAAACAGAUUUUUAUUAUUAUGCUGUUGUGUGUAACGAAGGAUAUCAUUGAAUAUCACCAGAGGAAAAAAUGCUUCAUUAAAGUAAACAUAAACAUGGAUAACUUUUCCCUAGUAACAUUCUAACUACACCCAUUCAGAAAUUUCAGGAUCAUGUUUGGCAUUAUCUUCACCGACAUUAAACUGAGACAUCAUAUUAGAUAUUUUCAAUUCUCACAUAUUUGGUUAAAGAAAUGAACAUUUUGGAAUCAUGCUCUUUUGGUCUGUUAGGUGGAACUGAUGUAUGUCACAGGGCAUGAUAGACCGAACUGAAGGAGUUUUUACUGUAUCUGUUGGUGGAAGCUGAAUCAGCUUCCAACAUAUUAUUUCUUUAACUGAAAACAAGACAGUGAAAAUGUCCUCUGUAUGUGUCACUAAUAGCACAGCUACAGUCAUAGACCCCUGGACUUACUAUAUCGCCAUUUUAACUUGCGGAGAACUGUGAUUGUAGACAUACCAAGCUUCAAGGGUUUGUCUUCAUUAUACGAUUUCACAGGCCAGAAGAGAAGACAAACAAAUCCCAAACCAGUCAAGAUAGUGGAUUGUUAUUUUCUGAACCUUCUUUUAUGAUUUUUUCACAUAAAGUGAUUCAAUAAUUAUGUGAAUAACUUCACUUGGCCCAUAGGACACCGUAUGGCCAUUCAUAUUACUUUUGACAUCUAGAUCAGUGAAGAGUACACACUUCAUGGUUGUAAUGUUGCAUAGUUUGCAGAGAGAGUCUGGCCUUUCAGAGGAACAUAUCGAGCCCAUCUCUAGCCAAGCAUGAGACCAGUGGAAGAAGAUGACAAGCUAAGUGAGCCAUGCAAGGAAGAUCCGGUCUCUCUGACUGAAGAUGGAGGCCGUACGUGUUCCUUUCAAAUGUCAAGCUUUCUGCAAACUCCACUGCAUUGCAACCCAUGGGACCAUAUUCAUAGUCACUACUGUAAGAACCUUAAAGAAAACAUAUUAGUAAACCUCUAUUUUCUGAAGGGUGUUUUGUAAGAGAAGAUUUGAGGUUAUCACAGUGAUGUUAAGAUCGUGGUCUUGUGGUUUGUGAUGCCGUGUGGUAAGAAAAAUUGGUGCCCGGUUAAGGAGGAACCUGCUGCCUAUCUUUGCAAUGUCAGAUCCAAAAGGGCUAAUUUUCUUUCAUAAGUUAUCAUAAAUAUAUUCCAUUGAGGAACAUUUCGAUUUCUACGAAAAUCUUUGUUCAGCGCAUGGGCCUAAUGUGCUGACUCAUAAUAUUGUGGGGAUAUCAUACAUAUCUUUAAACUGUGGGGAGUGUAGUUAGUAUGUGAUAUCUGAACAUGAUCAGUUUUCCGCUUUAUUUUUCUACCAUUUAGUAUAGUGGUUUACUUAUCACCAUUAAAUAAAUAGAUUUAGUUUUGUUUGCUGAAAAUAAAAAUGUAAUUGUAAUGGAACAAUGGUGCCUAUAUUUAUGGCCUAUUUUUAUUUUUAUGUGAGCAAGUAUGUGAAUAUUGUGAACUUCAAAACCAUUAAACACUCUGACUCUCCAAAAUUCAGUCCUAUUUGCUAUACAUGUAGCUGAUAACUGGAUCUGCAAAUGUUUGAAAUAUAAACUGCCUUACUGGAAAAGGGACAUUCUGUACAAUAUUAAUGAAUGUGUAUUUCAUUCAAUUAUUUGGUUAUGUAUUUUACUGUGGUCAGCUUUCUCAGACUUUCAGCACGUGGGUUCAUUUGCUAUUGAUCUGAAUAAUAUAUUUCAGCAGUAAAUUUUUUUCAACUAUUGAAUUUACUCUGUAAUUUUACUUUGUAUAAUGCAUUAUAAUGUUGCAAGUAAAAUUAUUUCUGUAAAUGUUGCUUAAUAAAACAAUGUGUUUGAAAUUA